GAGGCUUCUUUUUUUAAUCUGGAAGUUGUGCCUUUAGUUCCUUUGCUUGUGAUGUGGGGAGGGUGUAGGUUGGGGAUGGUUUUACCGGUUGGAUUUUUAUUCUGUGUACCUCCCAGCAUGCCUCGGUGCAGGCGGUGAGGACAAGUGUGAACUCCAAGCUGUUCAGUCGCGCCGCCAUGAUUCUGCAGCGUCUCUUCCGCUUCUCCAUGGCCCUGCGAUCUGCCCUUUCCCUUCAGCUGCAGCGGAACAUUGGGUUCACGGCUGUCGCCUUCAACAAGACCAAGAAUCUCGACCCCAUCCAAAAACUCUUCUUGGAUAAGAUUCGUGACUACGACGUCAAGAGCAAGAAAGCAGGUGGUGUUGUUGACGCUGGUCCAGAGUACCAGAAGAACAUGGACCAAGAGAUAACCAAGUUGCAGCGACUCUAUGGUGGAGGGGACCUUGAGAAGUUCCCAGAUUUUAAAUUUGAGGAACCAAAAUUUGAUGAAAUCAGCAAGUGAUUAGUUUCCAGAAAGAAAAGGAAUUGUCGUCAUUGAUGCUUCCUGAGACUGUAAAAAUUGUAAUUUAAUAAAUUCUGUUGGAUUAA